CAGAGGACUAGAUGGUUAUUUAGUACAUGACUCAUUCUUCUAUUUAGCCUUGUUCAUAAUACGUUAGUAGUUGAAGUUAGAGAGGGAAAAAGAAAAAAGAAAAGAGAGCAAAUGUUGUUUAGGAAAACCAUGCAAAAAACUAAAAAUUUCUUCCAGAAAUCUCUGCAAAACAUCAGAAACUUCCUCUUUGGAAGCUAUGAUAAGAUACCCAGAACCUUAUUCUUAAACCCUUUAUCUUGCAGCAGCAUUAACCAAAGAAGCCAUCACCUAGAUCAAAUCUAUCCAGACUUCUUCAACUGCAACCAAUCAUCAGUUUCCGGUCACACUGACCGAGCCAAUGCUGACAGUUCAAUGAAGCAAUUUACCAACACUGAUGCUCAUGACAGCACUGAACCAAUCAGAACUGCACAGGAUACAGCUGAUGAGACCGCGAAACAAAUUGAAGGUCCUAAGAAAAAUCAGCCUUCUACUACAACUUCAACUUCUUUUAGGUAUGCAAUUGCAAAUGGUGAUGCUUACUUACUAGCACAAAAAAUGAAAGAAUUAGAUAUGAUGGAUGUAAGGGAUGUGGAUCAUACAUUGGAUGUUGAAGAAGCUCUUCACUACUAUUCGCGCCUUACUUGUCCAGAGUAUGUAGAUAUUGUCAACAAGUUCUUCAUGGAUAUGUACGCGGAUUUUCACCUCCCACAACCUUCAAUCAGCAUAAGCUCUUCGAGCAGCAGGAGACUCGGUCCCUUAGCACUUUAACCAGAUUAUUUACUACAUAUAUAUAUGAUCUGAUCUUCAUCUCAAGGUCUCAUUAUAUUCUUCUGAUUGUCUAUUUUUUUUUCUGUUUUCCUUCCAUUUCAACCCCUGGAGUAUUGUGUGCUUAAUUGUCCAGUGUGUGUUAUUGUACUACCUUUUAUUAUGUAAUGAGAUAAUAAGGUUAUCUACAAACAAAAAAGUUGUAAUCUGAGCUUUUUGUUAAAUCUUUAAAUUUCUUGCUGAAAAUGAACAAAAAAACUGUUGUUUUUGCGGUAAAAAGAAAGUCUCAAUCCUUCAAAAUACACAGCUGAUAGUACAUUGACUGAAUAUGGAUUGUUUUUUUUAGCAUGAAAUUAAAACUUAGCUACAAUUACAAGGCAUGGAUACCAGACAGUCAAACUAUCUGCAACAGAAAUGAGCCUGACUUCAGAAGUUACAGAACUGGAUAGGCACGGAACAAUCAAGCAAACCAGCUCCGUAUAAUGUAGGGGCUACUAGUGAAGAAUCGUGUAGUGAAUCUCUUACAAUGCUGUGAGCUCUCUUGGAUUUUAGAUAAGCAGGAAAGUAAGCUCAAAUCACAAGCUGGUUUCGCUUGCUGGUUUGAAACUCUUAUACCAAUAAUUCUUAGAAGGGUCAGAAAGGGGUUUGACAUCAGGAUAUAAAACUGGUUAGACAAAGCUGUAAUCCUUUCGCGAAACUUUAAUUAUGUCAUUUCAAAGGCACAAAGCUGAAUUCAUGACUUUUUGUGCAUUAACUCAGUGUAUUGUAAGUUGUGGUUGUCCAAAUAUAGUGAAGAGAAGAAAGAAGCUCAUAUUAUGUAACUUUGAAAGUUUGCUGUUUUUUUAUGAUGUAUCAGAACAUUCUAUUCACAUAUGGUGGCACAGAGUUGGAUGACAUUUUCGACGAUGUUUUGAUAGAGACAUCUGGGUAUGGGG